AAUAAAAGCAAUGGAUAGCGAGCUGUUCGUGCUUAAAUGUGUGGCAGCGGUUCCGGUUGAUAGAGUGGCAGGUCUCCAGUAGCUCGGCAGUUUAAGGAUCCAGAUCAGAGAAAAGCCAACUCAAAGGAUCAAAAUGGAGGCGUCAGCAAGUGCGCAGUUGGAGAGUCUGGUGGAGAUUCCUGCGGUGUACAAGGAUCCCUGGUACAUGAUUACCGUGCUGUCCCUCUACCUGUACUUUGUUACCAAAGCGGGUCCGCAGUUCAUGGAGAGCCGCAAGCCUUUAAAGCUCAAGCAGAUAAUCUUGGCGCAUAAUGUCAUCCAGGUGGUGUCCUGCAUAUACGUUAUCAGAGAGGUCCUCUAUCUCACGCACAACGAAAUAUUAUACUUCUGGAAGUGCACUGAUAAUGGAAGCACGCCGGAGCGCGUACAACGCUACUACUCUCUGGCCUUUUUCAUCUUCUGGCUGAAGAUGUCCGAGCUUCUGGAGACGGUUAUCUUUGUGCUACGCAAGAAACAGAACCAGGUGUCCAAGCUGCACGUCUUUCACCACAUCUCCACGGUUACGCUAGCGUACUUGCUGAUCAACGUGAAUCAGAAUGGCACUGCUGCUUACUUCUGUGCGUUCCUGAACUCAAUCGUCCACGUCAUUAUGUACUCUUACUAUUUUGUGGCUGCCGUGGCGGAUAAGCCUUUGAUUGAGGCCCUGACGCCGGUGAAGAAGUCCAUCACGGUGACCCAGAUGGGGCAGUUCGUUCUCAUCCUGACGCAGGUUCCUGCCCAGCUGGUAUUAUGUGGCAUGCAGCCCCUCGUGCUCCUCUACUUCACCACCGUCAUCAUAGGCAUGUUCUACGGCUUCUACGACUUCUACACGAGUGCCUACCAGGUCUCCCAGCGAGGCAAGAGUCAGACCCCUCCGUCCGACUCAAAAAAGUGAUGGCAUGCCCACAAAUCUUGCAAUAAAAGCGCACCAACAAGUGCGGGAGUUUGUGUGUAUCCAAAAGUA